AGCUUGCUGACUGCAGGUAGGAACAACGCAAUCAUUACCGGGCAGUUUUGUGAUUCUAUUCUCCAAUCGGUGGGAAAGAACGCUUUUGGUUUUUUUUUCAUCUCCAGGGCGGAUUUGUGUGUCGACGAUCGCCGUACCAAGCCCAGUUCAGUCCAAUUGGCCACCUGCAUCUGCAUCAGCCUGAACCAGUUUAUGCAGGCGGACCUGAUUUGGGAUGGGUAUCCAUGUGCAAUAGAUUUAUCAAGCAUUCUUUGGUUGUAUUUAAUACCGGUACGUGAUGCUGGCCAAGAUGAUCAUCCAGCGGCUGGCGAUGGUCGUCGCCGUCGCGGGUCAGGUCUGUUCGGCCGCCCGCCCAUCAUUCAUGACACCGCGGUUCUACGCACACCAGCAAGCAAACGAAGUUGUUGCCGCAGCUGAGGGCCGAUACCCCGCGCGCAACAUCUCUGUUCCUGUCGACCACUUCCACAACGACACUUCCUACGAGCCGCACUCCAACGACACCUUUGAGCUGCGCUAUUGGUUCGACGCCAGCCACUACGUCAAUGGCGGGCCCGUCAUCGUCCUGCUCGGCGGUGAAACCAGCGGGGCGGAGCGUCUGCCCUUUAUGGAGAAGGGUAUCCUGUACCGCCUGGCCCGGGCAACCAGAGGCAUGGCCGUCGUGCUCGAACAUCGGUACUACGGCGCGAGUUUUCCGACCCCCAACCUGACAACCGAAAACCUUCGCUUCUUGACCACGGAUCAAGCCCUUGCCGACACUGCCUAUUUUGCCAAGAACGUCGUCUUCCAUGGGUACGAAAAUAGGAACCUGACGUCGCACACGACACCCUAUUUUGCCUACGGCGGGUCGUACGCAGGUGCCUUUGCUGCUUUUGUCAGGAAGCUGUACCCGGAUGUGUUUUGGGGCGCCAUCUCGUCGUCCGGGGUGCCGCUCGCUGUGAUUGACUACUGGGAGUACUGCGAGGCCCAGAGAAAGUUUGCGCCGUCCGAGUGCGUGGACGUCACUCAAAAGCUCACCAAUGUGCUCGAUACGAUUGCCCAAGAUGGGAAGUUUGAGGACAUGAAGAAGCUCAAGGAGGUGUUUGGGCUGUCCAACCUCACGAACCGGCAUGAUUUCGCCAACGUCUUGUCGUCUGGCAUCAUGGGCUGGCAGUCGCUCAACUGGAACCCCAAGGUGAGCGACAACUUGACGUACGAAUACUGCGCCAAUGUCUCCUCCGAGACGAUUGUGUAUCCUGAGACGAGGGCGCUGAAGGAUCAGGUGCAGGAUCUUUUGGUCCUGGGCGGGUACGAGGAUGCAAACGACCUGGAGACCCUAACGCCGCAGAUGUUGAACUACAUCGGCUGGAUCAAUGCCACCUCCAUCAAGGGUUGUAACGAUAUGGGCGCUACGCAGGAUGAGUGCUUCUCGCUCGUGGAGCCGGAUGCUUGGAAAAAAAACGACCUCGGCACCUGGCCAUGGAGGUCUUGGCAAUAUCAGGUUUGCACACAAUGGGGAUAUUUCAUCACCGGUUCGGGAUAUCCUGAAAACAAACUACCGCUUAUAUCUCGCCUCAUCGACCUACCUUACCUCACCCUCCAGUGCAAGUACACAUUCAACAUGACUGCACUUCCCGACGUCGACCACAUCAACAAGCUUGGCGGGCUCAAUUUCAGCUACCCGCGCGUGGCCUUUGUGGAUGGCGAAGCCGACCCGUGGCUGUACGCUGGUGUCCAUGCACCGGAAGCGCCCAAACGCAACUCGACCGACACGGAGCCUUUCCUACUGGUCAAGGGCGGUGUUCACCACUGGGACGAGAACGGUCUAUGGGACAAUGAGACUACGGUGGAGCUCCCGCCGAGGGAAAUACUAAAUGUGCAAGCGCUGGAGGUACAGAUGAUUCAGCGGUGGCUGGGUGAGUGGAGAAGGAGGAGUAACGCACUGGACGAGUUGCAAUUGAGGUACACGCUCGAGGAUACCAUAGACGUGACCUGAAGGCAGUCUGGCUGUUGGGUGUCGUGUCUCGUACUCGGCUUGCCCUAUUGGCAGCAUGUAAUAGGCGACAGUGUACAAGGUUGUAUGCUGCAGUUGUUCAAUCAUAGAUGAUGCACAUGUAAUGUUUUCUUGGAGAAUUUCUACCUGGAUAUGCAGCGAGCAAGUAUUUGGCCAAAGUUUGGUCUGGAGGCUGGCGUAUAAGUCCCACUCUUGCAACCCUGUACUGGUACAAGGACCUGGAGUAG